GUGGUGGAGGAAUUUGGGACUGAUAGAAAAUGUGAGCUUCAGCAGAGAUCGAAUAGUCGAAAGCUUUUUGUGGUCAGUGGGUGUUGCUUUUGAGCCUCAACAUUCUAAUUUUAGGAAUUGGCUCACCAAAGCUAUCACUUUCAUUAUAGUAAUUGACGAUGUCUACGAUAUUUAUGGCACUUUGCAAAACCUACAACUAUUCACCGAUGCUGUUGUCAGAUGGGAUCCUAAGGUGGUUGAGCAAUUGCCAUCAUGUAUGCAAAUCUGUUUUUGGAAACUAUAUGAUACCACAAAUGAUGUAGCUCUUGAAAUUCAACAACAAAAAGGCUGCAAAUUUCCAGUGUUAACAUAUCUACAAAAAGUGUGGGCAGAAUUUUGCAAAGCACUGCUUGUGGAAGCUAAGUGGGAUUCAAAGGGUUAUACACCAACAUUUAGUGAAUAUUUAGAAAAUGGAUGGAAAUCAUCAGGUGGCACUGUGCUAUCUCUUCAUGUUCUUCUUGGUUUGGCUCAAGAUUUCUCCCAAGUUGAUUAUUUUCUUGAAAAUGAACGAGACCUUAUAUACUAUUCAUCCCUUAUAAUCAGGCUUGGAAACGACCUUGGGACUUCAACGGCUGAAUUGGAAAGAGGUGACGUGUCUUCAUCUAUCUUGUGUUACAUGAGGAAGGAAAAUGUUAAGGAGGAUGUAGCAAGGAAGCAUAUCGAAGAGAUG